AUGUCGUGCUCUAGUUUCGAAUCUUUAAGAGACUUGCAUGACUCUGUGAACAACCUGCUUCGUUCCCCAGACAUGAAGCGAGUUCUUUCCCACCACAAACAUGACCAAAAGUGGGUUCAGAAGGUCUCUGAAUCGUCUUUAAAGAUGUUAGAUUCUUGCGGGACGACCAAAGACAUACUGUCUCUUGUUAAAGGUCACAUCCAAGAACUCCAGUCCACGUUUCGCCGAGCCAGUAAUGGUGAAACGGAGAAGAAGCUAACAGCAUAUAGUUUUCAAAGAAAGGAGUUGAGAAAACAGAUGUUAAAGCGUUUAAACUCGCUGAAGAAGAUGAAGAACGCGACUAGUGGUACUGGUCAUGAUACCAUGAUCGACGAUAAUCAAAUAAUUGUUGCAAAUGUGCUCAAAGAAGUGAGAGAAACCAUUGUUAUAUUAUUGGAGUCAGUUAUGUCGCUUAUGUCCAUGCCUAACCCUGGCCCUAGCACAACAAAGCUGAUGAUCAACUGUAAUGGGGUUUUGACAGCCAAGGUUAAGUUUACGAGGGUGAAUAGUCUGAGCCCAUGGGAGGAUUGUGACGUGCAAGCCCUUCAAAGUGCAACAGAGAGACUGGAAGCUGUGGAAAGCGCCAUGGAAGAUCUUGAGGUCGAAUUAGAGUGCAUUUUUAAGAGGUUGAUGAGAACUAGGGUUUUGUUGCUCAACAUUCUCACAAACUAG